AUGUUCGUCGAUCGACGACUUUUGUCAGGCGGCUACAGCGGAACGAAGUCUGCGCGUUCCACAUCCAACUCCGCGGUUGAAGCUAGUGUUAUUUUGGCAAUUUCAGAGGGUCGAGGUAUGGCGCGAGGCGAGAUAGGCAUGGCCGCGGUAGAUCUCAGACAUCCGAAUCUUGUGCUUUGUCAGUUCAGUGAUACCCUGCUUUACACACACACCAUGACGAAAAUCAACUUCUUCCACCCCGUAGAGAUAAUUGUACCGCACACGUUCUGCGAGGGCACGCAACCCAGCCAAUUGUACAAGCUGAUCAAAGACCACUACCCACUGGUCACCCUCACCACAGUGCAAAGGAGACACUUUAACGACGCGGCCGGCCGCCAACAGAUACAGACCCUUUGCGCCCCUCAGUAUAGUGCGGUUUGCUUGCAAGUACUACAGAAAUUUUACGCCCUUACAUCAGCCGCUGCCGUGUUAAAGUACGUCGAGUACAUCCAAUGCGUGGUUUUCUCUAGAGAAUCACUGAAAAUCGAGUACCAUUCUUCGGAGGAUACUAUGAUAAUAGACGUGGGCACGGCGACCCAACUGGAGCUGGUCCAACCGUUACUGCCAUCGGCUGGAGUCACGUGUUGUCUGCUCGGAGUGUUAGGGCCAACGUACACUUUGGGCGGUAUAAGGGCUUUGCGGGCGAAUAUCUUGCAGCCGUCUUGUAACAAGGAGUUCAUCGAAGCCAGGCUGGACGCUGUGCAAGAGUUGAUUGACAAUGACUCUGGUCUGAUGGCAGAUUUACAGAACAUUAUAAAAAAACUAUCAGAAAUCGACAAGAUACUAUUCCUAUGCAUGGAAACACCGAACACUAACAUUGACAAGUUCGGGAAGGCGCAACUGAAUCAAACGCUGUUGUUAAAGACGACAAUGGAGAUGGUGCCAAGACUCUUGGAAGCUCUGGAAACGGCUGAAAGCGGAAGGUUGAGGAGUAUACACAUGGACUUCCAAAACCCUCAUUACAACGAAAUAGCCGAGCGCAUACGGAAAGUUAUCCAAGAGGACGCGCAUUUGGAGAAGGGCGCUAUGGGCAGCGUGCAGAGGUGUUUCGCCGUGAAGCCGGACAUUAACGGUCUUCUAGACGUCGCGCGCAGGACCUACUCGGAGCUGAUAGAAGAUAUACAGAAGCUCGUAGAGCAGCUCAGCGAGUCUUACGAUCUGCCGCUCAGAUUGAACCAAAACGUCACGAAAGGCUUCCACGUAGUGUUGCCUGUUGCGCCGAAGAACAGGGGCGUGUUCAGCGUCGACGAUUUGCCUGAUAUAUUCCUUCAGGUGAUUUAUAGAUUUAUGACUGAC